ACGAGCAUUUUAAAAUAAAAGAAAUUUCUAUAAAGUUUAAAUAAAAAUUUUAAUGAGAAAUGGGUUUCAUAAAUAUCAGCUAUUAAUAUAACUUAUUUAUAAUAUACUAAUAAGAAAACUAAUAAAAAAUGGAGAAGUGUAAAUCGCCAACUGAACAAACUUUAAUGGGAAGUAAUAGUGAUGAAAAGUAUUACCUGGUUAGACGUCUUCUUUUCCAAUGUGUUUUAAUUCUUUUAUGCUUGGCCAGUUAUUCACACGCACUCAAUGGAAGUUUCGUUUUCGACGAUACCGUAGCUAUCGUAAAAAACGUUGAUGUGACGACUUAUCCAACAAAUUGGACAGCAAUAUUUAAAAAUGAUUUUUGGGGCACGUCAUUAAUCAGCCCAGAAUCGCACAAGUCUUACCGGCCACUAACAACAUUGAUAUUUCAUUUGGAGUAUACUAUCUUUGGAUUUCGCGCCAAACAUAUGAAAGCUAUUAAUUUAUUAUUGCAUUGUAUAAAUACUCUCCUCGUGUGGCAACUUCUUCGCAAGCUCCGAUUUGAAACAAUAGUUUAUAACCAAGUAGCCGCAGUAGCAGCAACAUUUUUCGCAAUACAUCCGAUUCACACAGAAGCAGUUUGUGGAGUAGUUGGUCGAGCUGAAUUGAUAUUCUGCACAUUAUAUUUAGUAGCGCUCUUGCUUACUUAUCACAGAACGUGUUUAGGUGCUGGUACUGAUGUAUUGAUUAUCUUACUGACUGCAGUAGGUAUAUUCUUUAAGGAGACAGCUAUAACUAUUCCAGUUGCAUGCAUUUUUCUCGAAUUCGCAAGAACACAGGUUUUUAUUUACCCUUGGAGAACACAAUUGAAAUUCUUAUGUUCAUUUCGUAAUGCCACAUAUGCAGUUGCUACUGUUGUAAUAAUAAUAUUUCGUUUGUGGCAACAAAAUUUUCAGAUCCCUCGUUUCAAACCAAUGGAUAAUCCUAUAGCACUUAAUGAUGAUCUCUUAACUCGCAUACUUUCUCAGAAUUAUUUAUAUGCCAUUAACUGGUGGAUUCUUUUAUGUCCACAAUGGCUAAGUUUUGACUGGGCUUUAGGAUGCAUUAGAUUAAUUACAGACAUCUGGGAUUUGCGCUUGCAGGCAGUUUUGGCUAUGUAUUCCCUUGCAAUGGUUGCCAUUAUUAAUAGCAGACAAAAUUUCGCACCCUUAUUUGGACUGGGUCUAAUGGUGAUACCUUUUCUGCCGGCUUCAGGAGUUAUUAAAGUUGGGUUUGUUAUAGCUGAACGUGUGCUUUAUGUACCAUCUAUUGGCUUUUGUUUCUUAGUGGCACAAGGUUUAUGCUUUGUAUAUAACAGCAAUCCAAAACUAUGGUUGCUACAGUUAUAUAAGUGGACACUGAUGUUAUGUUUCAUCUGUCUACUGUUACGAACACGAGAACGAGCUAAGCAGUGGUUAUCAGAAGAUAGUCUUUUUGCUUCGGCAUUAAAAGUCUGCCCCAAUAAUGCUAAGGUUCAUUAUAAUAUAGCACGUUUGGCAACGGAUAGAUUAGAUCGUGACAAAGCGCUCACACAUUAUCAUAAGGCCAUCAGUCUCUACCCACAAUAUGAAUCAGCACUUAUGAAUUUGGGAAACCUAUAUCGUGAGAUGGGUGAGCUAGACGAUGCCGAAAAAUACAUUAAAGAAGCAUUAGCAGUAGUACCUGAUUUCGCUACUGCUUGGAUGAAUUUAGGAAUUAUUCAGGCAGCACGCAAAGAUUAUAAAAAUGCAUUACUAAGUUACAAAAAUGCAUUGAAAUAUCGGAAGAACUAUGCUAUAUGUCAUUACAACUUGGGCAAUCUUUAUCUUGAUCAGAAAAUGCCUAGUGAAGCGAUGCAGCAUUGGCAAGAAGCAAUCGCUUUGAAUCCCCGUCAACCCAAAGCUUGGGCUAACAUACUCACAAUGCUGGACAACCGAGGGCUGUACGAAGAUGCUAUACGAGUUUCUGCACAGGCGUUAACACAUCUUCCGAAUGAAACAAGUAUUAUGUUCAUACGAGCUAACGUUUUCGGAAAAUUAAAGCACUACGUGGAAGCUGAAGAGCUGUACAAGCAUAUAAUAGAGGUGGAACCAUUAAAUGUAUUGUUUCAUACGAAUUUAGGCGUUCUGUAUCAUCGUUGGGAGAAACUAAAUGAAGCCAUAGAGAGUUAUCAAAAUGCAUUGAAAUUAAAUACGGAAAAAGCAAUGACUGCUCGAGAAAAUCUUAGCAAGCUAUUAAAGAGAAAACGAAGAGAAAAGUUAAGCAAAAUCGUGUUGUAAAGUUAUUGUCGAUUCUUCAAUUAUUCGAAAUUUAAAUUGAAAUUCUUAUGGGACUAAAAAGUGUAGUCUAAUUUCAUUAUUUAAGUAAAACAUUUAUAAUUGAAGCAUUAAUAUACAACACAGUUACAGUUUGGUAGCUUCAGACCCCAAUGCUCUUACUAUAUAUAGAAUAUUAAAAAUAUGCAAGUGCGAAUUCCAAA